AAAAAAAAAAACCACGCACGGUCAGCGGGUUAGAUCUUAGCGUCUCGGAGUGGCUGAAGAAUCCGUCGACGGUUCGGUUCAGUUUGAUUCUGCUCCGAUCUGAGAGGGAUGGUCUAAGGAGAGAGAGAGAGAGAGAGAGCGGUCUGUAAUAUCCAGAAUUUCAAAAAGUAGAGUGACAGACGAACGAAGGCGAAGAUGGCAGCGAGGCAAAUGGAAGAGAUUCAGAAGAAGCUGUCAACGCUCAAUUACCCUAGAGCCAAUGCUCCUGCUCAGUCCCUCCUUUUCGCCGGCAUGGAGCGCUAUGCUCUUCUCGAGUGGCUCUUCUUCCGUUUGUUGGGUGAUAAGUCGCCGUUCUCGCAACAAAAUAUCCAAGGAGAUGCUAUUGAUCGCGAUGAAGAGACUGGUCGCAUUCAGUAUUUAGCAGAAAUCGCGAAGUUUCUGGGCAUUACAACCAGUAUUGAUACUGAAGUUAUCCAAGGACGGGGAAGCUAUGAGGAGAGAACUGAAAUGAUUCGUCUUAUUGUCGAUCUUGUUGAGGCAAGCAUCUAUGCAGAUAAUCCAGAUUGGAGUGUUGAUGAGCAAGUUGCCAAAGACAUACAACUCAUUGACUCUAUUGCCGAGAAACAGGCUCAAAUAUUCUCAGAAGAAUGCAAAUUGUUUCCUGCUGAUGUUCAAAUUCAGUCUAUAUAUCCAUUGCCAGAUGUUUCUGAGCUGGAAACCAAGCUUGCAGAACAAUCGAAGAUACUUUUGAAUCUUCAACAGAAAGUUGAUGAUUUAGCAUCAAAGCAUGCUUACAACCCAGAUGAGGAAUAUACGGAAGUCGAGUCUCAAUUGCGUUCACACCUGGAAUCUUUUCUUGAAACAGCAAGAUCUUUCAACAUUAUUUACACCAAGGAAAUUCGUCCAUGGACACACAUGAUGGAGGUUCCACAGCUUCAUGGCUUUGGGCCAGCUGCCAACCGAUUGUUGGAAGCAUACAAUAUGCUACUAAAGGUAUUCUUUGGCUAA